AUGUUUUCUAAAUCUCUAAACACUAUCGCUAUUUUGGCUGCUGCCAUAGCUAACUUGAGCAAUGCUUCUCCUGUCAAGGAAGGAGUUGAAGCCAACACCGGCCCUCGAAUGGCUGCCGCCAUCAGCAGCGCAAACAUUGAUGCUCUCAACAAUAUCGGCACCAUAAACCUGACUCGUCGUAGCAACGAUGGUUCCUUUACCUGGUACAACACCGGGUUGGGAGCCUGUGGCCAAGUUCAUACCGAUGCUGACUUGGUCGUGGCCUUGAGUGCCCCGCUCUUCGACCCUUACACCCCGAACAGUAAUCCCAAUUACAACUCUCUUUGCAAUAGGCGCCUGCGGGCCAAUUACAACGGUCGCAGUGUCGAUGCUACUGUCGUCGACCGUUGCCUUGCUUGUGCUACUUAUGACCUUGAUCUCAGUCCGGCUGCCUUCCAGCAGCUGGCCGAUCUCAGUCACCUCUAUGCCGCUGCUGAGCCCACUCCCGCAAAGCUGACCUAUCUCUUCAGUGCCAACCUAACCAUCGCCGAGCCGGUCAGCAUCGGAUCUGUCCCCUACGACACGGGAGUUUUGCUCAUUAUCAUUGGUGGUAACUUUUCCGGCCCAGUCCUCAAAGGCAAUCAUGAAAUCCCUGCUCCCACACAACAUGUCUCAGGUUAA